AUGUCGUCUGCUCCUUACAAUUACUCAUACAUUUUCAAAUAUAUCAUUAUUGGGGAUAUGGGAGUCGGGAAAUCUUGUCUUCUUCACCAAUUUACGGAGAAGAAAUUUAUGUCCGAUUGCCCCCAUACUAUUGGCGUAGAGUUCGGAACAAGAAUCAUUGAAGUGAGCGGACAGAAAAUAAAGCUUCAGAUUUGGGAUACUGCUGGACAGGAAAGAUUCCGAGCUGUUACGCGAUCGUAUUACCGCGGGGCUGCUGGCGCUUUAAUGGUGUAUGACAUAACUCGUCGAAGCACUUACAAUCAUUUGAGUAGCUGGCUUACCGAUGCCAGAAGCCUAACAAACCCUAACACUGCAAUUUUAUUGAUCGGAAACAAAGCAGAUCUCGAAGAGCAACGAGACGUCCCUUACGAAGAAGCCAAAGCAUUUGCUGAAGAGAAUGGACUGGUGUUCUUAGAGGUUUCCGCAAAAACUGGAGAUCAUGUGGAGGAUGCUUUCUUGGAAACCGCUAGGAAAAUUUAUCAGAACAUUCAAGAUGGAAGUUUGGAUUUAAAUCAAGCUGAUACCGGUGUUCAGCCGAAGCAAACUCUCCCUCGAUCAGCCAAUGCCAAUUCUUCGGGUGUUAAGAAGGAUUGUAACUGUUAA